AUGGUUUUUCUGGAGAUAUGUUCGAGCCGGGCAGGGGCCUUCGCCGGUCGCCCCUUUUUUUUCCUUUUUCGUGCAGAAGCUCUUUUUGGACUACUACGCCAAGCUGAGACACAACACUUGAUCCAUAGAGCUCGGCUUUGUCGAACUGCACCUAGGAUUAGCCACUUACUUUUUGCGGAUGCUUGCAUUAUUUUUGGGAGAGCAAAUGCGAAUGAAGUUGGGGUGAUUCGAAAUAUUCUGGAAAAGUAUGAGGGAGUUUCUGGACAGAAGGUGAAUUUAGAUAAGUCUUCGAUAUCUUUUAGUGGAGGCAUUGUGGAUGAGGUGAAGAAUGAGCUAGCUGGUAUGCUUGGAUUCUCCGUUGGUAGAUCGAAAACGGAGAUGUUUCGGAUGCUUGUUGAUCGCACUAGGAAAAAAUCUAAAUAUUGGAAGAUGCGCUUUUUAUCUGGAACAAGGAUAAUUAUCCUUAUCAAGGCUGUGCUCCAGUCGAUUCCUUCCUAUCUAAUGAGUUGCUUUGUUAUUCCUACGCAGAUUUGCCAGCGUUUGAAUAGUGUUGCGGCUAGAUUCUUUUGGGGCAAAAAACAGGAGGAACGGAGGAUCCACUGGAGGAGCUGGAAGAAACUUUGCACUUCUAAAUUUGAGGGUGGUCUUGGUUUUCAGGAUUUAUGUCGUUUCAAUUAA